AUGGCGGAAUACUACCAGCAGUUAAACCUGAAAGCUGAAGAUUUCACCGGAUUAAUAGGAAGCAUCGCUGGUGGCGGUCGAAAACGCGAAGAUAAAGGUGGAAAUAUCGGCGACUUAAUCGGUGGACUGAUCGGUGGAGGCUCACGGAAAAAGAGGCAGGAAAGUCGCGAUGAGCGCUUGAAUCUGAGACGCUUUUGUUCGUUGUACGUUGUGUGGCUGAAAGCUGUGCCGAUGAAGCGUUUUGUCUGCUUGAUCACGUCCAGUUCGAAAUUUCUUGACGGGUUCUUCGUUGCACCUUCCCCGGUUUGGGAUUAA